CGAACCACGUGGCCCAAUGCAGUUGUGCCACACCAGCUCUCUGAUUGUCAACAAAAACCUUUUGUCUGGAGCUGGCUAGUCGACAGACAAAACUCACACAUUACAUAAAGCAAAGCAGACCUUGCCGACAGACAAAGCUCAUCCAUAAGACAAGGCAAACACUGAGACAGUGACAACUCUGUGGCAAGAAAGAUGGCUCAUCAGUUGAUGUCUAGAGCCUUUGUGUUGGGGCUGCUUUGUACCUCUGUGCUAGCAGGACCUGCUCUGGAUAAACGUGGAGCCAAGGAGCUGUCUGAUGAAGAUCACUACGAUGGAGACGAGUAUAAGCACAAUCCUGAGUACGACCACGAGGCUUUCCUGGGGAAGGAGGCGGCCAAGACCUUUGAUCAGCUGCCUCACGAGGAGGCCAAGAGGAGACUCGGGAUAAUAGUUGACAAGAUUGACAAGAAUCGUGACCAUCAGGUUAGCCAGGAGGAGCUCGAGGACUGGGUGAGACACGUUGCCAAGCGAUACGUCUACGAUGAUGUCGACAGUGUGUGGGACUACCACGACCUCAACAGUGAUGGCUACAUCGAUCUAGAGGAGUAUAAGAACGUCUCAUUUGGUGUCAUCGAUGAUUUAGAUAUGGAGUAUGACCACCACCGCCACCAGACCUACAGGCAGAGGAUCGCCAGAGAUGCCAAGAGGUUCGGAGUGGCCGAUAAAAAUGGAGACCAGAAACUGGACAGAGAGGACUUUGCAGACUUCCUGCACCCAGAGGAGGCCCCCCGGAUGAGAGAGAUUGUGAUGGAGGAGACCAUUAGGGAUAUGGACACUAACAAUGACGACUUUGUCACACUCGAUGAGUACCUCAAUGACCUGCUGCCAACGAGUGAGCGUCAGGGAGGGGAGGAGCCAGAAUGGCUGCAGUCCGAGAGAGAACAGUUUAAGAAUUACCGUGACAAAGACGGGAAUGGACGACUGGAUAUCGAGGAGGUGGGGGACUGGAUCAUGCCCAAGGAGUAUGACCACGCUCAUGCUGAGGCUAACCAUCUCAUGCAUCACGCUGACGCUAACAAGGACAAGAUGCUGUCGAGGGAUGAGAUUCUUAACGAUAUGGAUUUGUUCGUAGGCAGUCAAGCCACCGACUUUGGGGAGUACAUGAUGAGACACGAUGAAUCUGAGCGUGGUCAACGAGAUCUCUCUGAGGAGGAGCAUUACCCUGGCGACGGACAUGAUGAUCACAACAGUGAGUACGACCACGAUGCUUUCCUGGGGAAGGAGGAGGCGGAGCGUUUCGAUCAGCUGCCCCCAGAGGAAGCCAAGAGGAGACUCGGUAUAAUAGUGGACAAGAUAGACGUGAACAAGGACGGAGAGUUGACAGAGGAGGAGCUCGAGGAGUGGAUACGGAUCGUAGGGAGGAGGUUCGUCUACGAGGACGUUGACAGGGUGUGGUCUUAUCACGAUAAAGAUGGAGAUGGUUUCAUCUCUUUGGAUGACUACAAACAGGCCUCCUAUGGAACCAUCGACAAUAUGGAUGAGAUUUUUGACCACCACCGUAAUAUGACGUACAAACAGAGGAUAACAAAGGACGAGAGGAGGUUCAAGACUGCCGAUGAAGACGGUGAUGGGAAAAUGAAUAGAGAGGAAUUUGCAGACUUCCUGCAUCCAGAAGAGUCUCCUAAGAUGUUUGAUUUGUAUAUCCAAGAGACUCUCGAGGACAUGGAUAGAAAUGAAGAUGCUGUUGUCACUAUCGAGGAGUACAUUGAGGACAUAUGGCCUCAUUAUGAGAGGGAAGAGUCAGAGGAGGAGCCAGACUGGGUGAGGGCAGAACGUGAGGGGUUCGGACAGCAUAGAGACAGGAAUGGUGACGGACACCUCGACAAAGAGGAGAUACGACACUGGCUACAACCCCAGGACUACGACCAUGCUCGCUCAGAGGCAAAGCAUCUCAUCUACAAUGCUGAUGCCAACAAGGACAAGGUUCUCUCCAAAGAGGAGGUGUUGGACAAUUACGACUUGUUUGUGGGCAGUCAAGCGACGGAGUGGGGAGGAUACAUGAUGAGACACGACGAGUUCUAGUUAUCACUGCAAACUGCAAACUCUAUAGCAGCGUACUGUUAUAUUUCUUUUUUUUUUUUAGAGAAAGCUUUUUGCUCUAUGACAUUAUUUUGUGUGUGCUCAUUGUUCGUUCUUGUGGUUCAA